CAAAAAAUUGAACUUGGUCGAUUACUAUGCUUAGAAGAGAUGGCUCAAGAAAUUUGGGAUCGAGAUGCACAUGAUGUUGAUGAAGCCAUUUCCAGACUCGAUGAACACACCAAAAUCAAAAAAAAAUCGAAAAACAACGUUCCAAGAUAGGAUCCGAAGCUAUAUUGAACGAUUUAAAUGCACAAGAACAAGAUCAGAUCUUGAAAAUAUGGUAUGCAAAGCAGGAAGUUCGUAAUCAGUUUGUUGCAAUAUGUGAGCAGAAACGCCCCCUGGAUGUUAGCCGACGUGAUGGGAAGAAUUCGAGCAUUGGUUACAAUGACAAAACUCAUCUACUUAAGUCACUCCGUGACCAGGCUGCAAAAUUAAAGAGCAAACUGGAGACCUAUCAAAAGCUGGUAACAUCAUAUUCUACCACAUCUCCGCAUCGAUCACAGCCGGCAAGCAUCCCCUACCUUGAGCUUCUCGAAAUCGACUUUGAUCACUCCUUCUGGAACGAUGGACUCUUCACCAAUGGACGCGAGCCGUGGGCAGUUGAUUCUAACACACAGUACGGAAUGCGCCAGGUUGCGUACUAUGACCGAGCCAACGAGGAGAUACGCCGAUUAGGGUGGGAAGUUAGAAGAGUGAUGCGAUGGUCAAUUGAAUUGCACCAAUCACUAUCAACUCAUCUUUUUCGACUUCAGGCACACGGGCCUCCUGACGCCGAUCCUCUUCCACUGAUUGACCAUCCAGCUUUGAGCCAGCUUAGCAGUGCGGGUAAGAUCACGGCUUCAAAAAUUAUCUUAAACGAAAGGCUAGUAAAAAUUAUGGACUUGCAAGCGGACUGGAAUAAGUGUCUGGGUGAGGUACUUCAUAACACACCAUCACAAGAAGGCGAUAAUGAUCUUAAGUUGAGCUGGCGAAAUCAAAUCCAAAAGAUUUAUAAUAUGUACUCACAAGAUGUGAUUUCUUUGAACCCAGGUAGGUUGAUUGAUAUGUGGAGGCAAGAUGGUACUCAGGCAAAUAAUCAAGUAGAUGAUGAGGCCUUACCAGAUGUUGAUUUAGAAAGUGAAGGCAUUACUAAUACUGAUGGAGAUUUAUAUGGAGACUUGAGUGAUGAAGAGAUUGAUGCACAAUGGGAGGAUAUCAAUAACGCGAUGAUGUGAUAUCGUUAUAUUUUUGUAAAAGAAUUUAAAUUUUUGCUUUUUAACAAUUUCUUGCUCAUCGGAAUGAACAUGAUCCGUCAAAAUGGUUUGUC